AUGCACGCCCGUGCCACCUCUCUCGAAAGCGUCGAGAUUCUCCCCCGCACUCCCAGAACGUCCGGUGGGGCGCGCAGCCGCGACCACGAUGCGCUACCCACGCCCUAUGAAGGAGACGACGUUGAGCUGAGCCUCCUCGGGGACGCGGAGCGUCGGGAGGCCGCCGCGGACCUCACCCUAGAGGAGGAGCAGGAGUACCUCACCCAGGUCGACGCCAAAAGGUCCUUCUCGGCGCGCGACAAGCGGGCCAUGGUCCUGCUCACCGUUCUCUACUUCAUACAAGGGUUCCCAUUGGGCUUGGCCUUGGGCUCCAUUCCAUUUAUUAUCAGAGAGAAACUAUCGUACUCUCAGCUCGCCGUGUUCUCUCUCGCGGCAUACCCAUACUCCCUCAAGCUUUUAUGGUCACCUAUCGUAGACUCCAUGUUCUUCCCAUCAAUAGGUCGACGCAAGUCGUGGAUCAUUCCCGUGCAACUAAUUGUCGGAACAAUCAUGCUUGCCAUGUCCGCUCGUGCCGAAGAGUUGGUCGCAGACCCCGGGAAACAUCUGUAUACGCUGACGUUUGCAUUCACGUCACUUGUCUUCUUCUCAGCCACCCAAGACGUCGCAGUAGACGGAUGGGCCCUCACACUCCUAUCCGAGGAAAACCUCGCCUACGCAUCCACGUGCCAGGUCAUAGGUUUGAACUCGGGCAACAUCAUGUCCUACUCUCUGUUCCUCGCGCUCAACAGCGAGAACUUCGCUCACAAAUGGGGCAUCCCUCGCCUCACAUUGGGCGCAUACCUCUUUUUCUGCGCGUGCAUGUCGUACGCCGUGACCUUCGUUCUAUUCUUCGUCAAAGAGGACUCACGCGCUGGCGAAGACAUGGGCAUCAAGAAGGUCUAUCUCACCAUGUGGGAGAUCUGCAAGCUCAAACACGUCCAGAUCCUCCUGGCCGUGCACCUCCUCGCCAAAGUCGGCUGGCAAGCCGACGACGCGGUCGCCAUGCUCAAGAUGACCGAGAAAGGGCUCGGGCGGGAAGACAUCGCCGUGGCCGUGCUGAUCGACUUCCCCUUCGAGCUCGCCGCGGGGUGGCUGGCGGGCAGAUGGGCGCGCGGCGACCGGCCGUUGCGCGCGUGGACAUACAGCUUCUGGCCGCGUCUGGCCUUGACGCUCAUCGCGGCGUUGGUGGUCUACUGGUUCCCCAGGCCGCCCAUCACAUCCACUUUCAUGGUCGGGCUGGUGACGCUUAUCAUCCUGCAGUCGUUCACGGGAACCAUCCAGUUUGGCGGGAUUUCCGCGUUCCACACCCGGGUGUCGGACCCUGUCGUCGGUGGUACCUACAUGACGCUGCUGAACACAUUCGUGAACCUAGGCGACACAUGGCCGCGCUUCUUCGUGCUCAGAGGGGUGGACCUCUUCACUAUCGCGACGUGCAGCCUUCCGGAGGCCGCACCUGGUCUGUCGGUCGAAGCGCGAGAAUGCGUGUCAGAGCAAGGCAAAGCCGCCUGCCGCGAGGCCAGCGGGCAGUGCGUUAUCGAGCAGGACGGGUUCUACAUCGUUUCGGGGUUCUGUCUCAUCUUCGGGGUGGUCUCCGUGCUCUUCUUCAUCAUGCCUACCGUGAGGAAGCUGCAGGCCAUCCCGGCGAGCAAGUGGAGGAUUGCGUCUUAA